AUGACACAGAGCGUUGAACAAGAAGUGAAUGUAGACACGGUAUUAAGUUACGGAGCAAUCUAUCGCCAACAGCUUUAUUCCACAAUAAAAUUAUCGCCUUCCAAUCUAAUCUCGAAUCACGCUACAGAUCAGCGGCACGUUGUCGACUCCGAGAACAGUCUGCCUUUCACUGUGGGAGAGCCUGCUCUGAACAAGCAUGAUGGACAACUAGAGUUGCUGUAUAAGAACAGAAGAUGUGAAACCCCUUUCUUUAGCAUUCUGACGGGCAUUACACAACGAUUCAUUUUGUCACCAUUCCUUCACAUACUAAUAAUAGAUUCAGUAUUCAAAAAAACUGUGGACCACUCGAACAUGUGCAUACGAUGGAGUCAGCAACCUAACCUUAGGGAUCUGAAUUUUGCUGGUGAUACCGUUAUUCUGGUAGAAACGCCACCGAGCGUGGUGGGGCAGUGGAAUCGUAGAAUGGCGCUGCUUGUCGCCAGUCGUCAUUUUAGGCAACAGUUUUAA